AUGCAUAAUGGACUCAACAUGCGAGAGCAAACCCCGCUUCGCUUCGGACAUCAGGCGCUUCCCCAACUGAGUUGUCGUCGAAUGCUGAAUAUUAAAGAGACACCUCGAAAUACGUUGAAGUUACGCAUCAUGGCAAGCCAACGAGACUCCGCUAGUCCCACGACAGACGCCCCAACCGCUCCGACUCAACCACUGCAUUCAGUGGCACACUGGGAGCAACUUGCUGAGGAACCUGAAGAGGGCGGUGUCGAUGCAGACUCGGCCCUUGGGUCUAACCCCCCGGAGUCGACAGAAUCACUGACCUCGAGCAUCCUUCAAUACCGUACUAUUAACGGCAGGACAUUCCACUCGGAAAGAGGCAACGCAAGAUAUUGGGCAUCCAAUGACGAAAAGCAGAACGAGUCGAUGGACAUUGUCCACCACUUCCUAUCCCUUGUGUUUGACGGCAAACUUUAUUUGGCUCCCUUGGAAAAGGAUAUUCAGGGUCGAAUAUUCAGUGAUUUUGCCGACGAGUUCCCCAACACGGAAGUUGUUGGAACAGACAUCUCGCCUAUCCAACCUUCUUGGAUCCCACCCAACCUGAAGUUCGAGAUUGACGACUGCAGUCAGGAAUGGACUUUCGAGCCCAACUCUGUGGAUUUUGUGCACAUGCGGUUUCUCUACGGAAGCAUCAAAGACUGGUCGUUCCUAAUCAACCAGGCAUACAAAACCUCCUCAGCGAUGAUGCAGAGUGAUGACGGCACUGUAACGGAAGACAGUGCCAUGCACGAAUGGGGUAAGUUCUUCAUUGAGGGCGGAAAGAAGAUGGGCCAGACCUUCACGAUCCUCGAGGACGACGUGCAGCGGAAGUGCAUGGAAGAAGCGGGCUUUAUCAAUAUCCACAUCGACAACCGCAAGGCAAGUCCCCAUCACCAACUACUCGGCUGGACGAUGGACGAAGUUCGUGUAUACUGUGCACAGCUUCGACGAGAGCUCCGGAACAACAAAAAGUACCAUCCGUUUUACUGGGUGAGAAAGGUCUACGGUCAGAAGCCAGAAGUUUAG